UGAUACGAGGAGCUCGCGGACGACUGCGGGAGAGCUGACGGGAGAUUCGCGCGCAUGCCCCGGUCCUCCUCCUCCUCCUCUUCCUCCUCCAUCGCUCCCUCUCGCGCUCUCCUCGAGAAAAAAAACAAAUUGGCUCCGUGUGCUCCACCGAUGGAUUAUUAACGUGCGCGUGUGCGUGCCAUGGGACAUCGCGAAUGAUGGAAUAUGUGUAUGUGCUCCUCGCGCUCCUGCUCUAUAGCAGAGCGGACGCGGAAAGGAAAAUCGGGUGCCUGUUUGCCAAUGACCUCUGUGAAGACUAUGAAAUCUGUAUUAAUGAUGCUUUAUUUGGGCAGUGCCAGUCGCCCCCGGCAACCGAAGUGUACACGUAUGACGUCACAGCAGCAGAGGUGGAUCGCUUACGGACACUACUACAGAAACUCUCUUACCGAGGGUUGACUUGGGAGGAUGAAACGACCCAGCAGGUUCUGUGGAAAGAACUCUCCAAACUGAACAGGAUCCCCCGGCCUGAGACUGCUAAAGCCAGGCCGGUGGCUCAGAGCGUUCCUACCGGAGGCCAAUCGCUGAAGCCCUCAGAGGCGGAGCUUAGGAGAGGUAUGCAGAAAUACCUGCAACAGCUGGGCUACCUACCCAAGACCAAGUCUGACCGUAUCCAGGGCGAUGCUCCCCCGGGUUACUACCCAUCCUGGAAGACUUCCUCUCCCAGCUUCCCCCCUGAUGGUACUGCGGAUGGUACAGUCCUGCUGAUGGCGGCCCUCCAGCAGUACCUGUCCCGGAGCGAACCACUUCAGCCAGACGGGGGGAAGCCACAUGGAGACGGGAGCCCCCUGCCCUCCAGGCCCCGCCCCGUCCUGUCACAAGGGGAGGGGGGCUUUGGGAGAGUCCAACCACCUCCAGAGGGGGGCUUUGGGAGAGUCCAAUCACCUCCAGAGGGGGGUGCAGCUCGAGCAGCGAUGAUAGACCGACCGAAGAUGAAGAGUGGAGUUCCCAGAAAUCCCCUCUCUGCUGUAGAUGGGCGCCCCCGUGUGGCCGUGGGUGGUAUGAGUGAUCUGGAGCUGCUGGCCGCGCUGAUCGCAGAGGCCCUUCCUGAGGUGGAGCACAGCAGAGCACUGACAGAGGAGGAGGAAGCAGUUCUCCCAGAGGACUACCAGGAGGAGGUGCCCACGGAGCUGCCUAGCCCAGAGGAAGAGGAGGAGGAGGAGGAAGAGGUGGAGCCCUCAGCAGCCCCCUACAACACCCAACAACCCCCAGCAGAAG